CUGGGAGUGGAGAGGUUGGAGGGAAGCGGCACGCGGAGGCUCUCCGAGGGAACCGUGAAGUAUACUUCGGCUGUAUACUUGGAGGAGGGCAGGACAGUGCUCUCAACUUUGCUCACUCCGUAUCCCCCGCACUUAGCUUGGUGCAUGAGUUGGGGAGUCUGAAGCGGGUGUUGGCUAGACGGGAGGUACCGGGCUUUGUCCCAGCCCCAGGGAUAAUGGAGGCAGGACUUUGGCAAGGACCUUAAGAUGUCUUCGUUUAUAAGGCUUCAUAGAGGACAGUAUGGAAGAUCUUCAGUAACUAAAAGCAGUAAACCAUAUAAACAUUUUCUGCCGACAUAUUCUCCCCAAGAGGGUUACUUAAAGGAGAGUGAAGACGUGCAAAGCAUUAAAGAAUUAUUGCAGAAUGUGGCUGAUUAUUCAAAAGGGAAUGAAGAUAACCAUGAGCGAUACCAGUAUUCUGAGUUAGAUGAUACCAGUGGCAGGGAUGCAUGGAAAGAGGGGCUUUUCCAGCACUUCUAUCAAGUGAUUAAGAAAGAGCGUGAUCGAGAGAGGCCUUCAGAUUGCAUUAUUGUUUCUACUGACAAAGCACAGAGGGAAUAUGCAAUAGCCAUAGGUCAUCGGUUGCAGGAUCAUGGCCUCGUGGUGGAAAUGAUUCACCUUACCACUGUGUCGGGUCUGUCACGAGCACUCCAGGAAGUUAAAGAUGAUGGAUCCCCAUUUUGUAUUCUUGUUGAACAGUCUAACGUAAACCUUUCCUCUUGCACUCUAAUUGUGCUUCGUGAGUCUAUCAAAAUACGUUGUCAUAUGCCCCUGGAUGAUGCCCUAGUGCUGGUGACUAAAGAACAUAGGAGAUUUUCGUCUAAAUGGGAGCAGCAGGAACACGCUGGAAUUUCUCUGAGGGCUGGAAAUCUGGUAGAUGACUUCCUAGCCCGGGAGUGCCUUACCAGCUACUCUGUCCCUUUGGGCGUUCGGCAUCUUCUCUUCCUUUUGAAUGAGGGAAAGCAUUUGUUCAGGAAUGAGUUGGACCUGCUCAUGGACUACUUGAAGACCAGGAAAGAACUACUGGGAGGCUUUGAGAUGCCAGAUCCUUUGGUUGCUAGUCAUCAUUCCUCAUUUCAAGGCAGGAAUACCCCCACGGUGGUUAAGCCACCUCCACUUCUUCCAACCCCUGGAAAGAGGUCCUUCCCAGGCCCUCAUCCCCCAGUUCCUGUCAAGGCCCCUUUGCUAGGUGAUAGGCCUAGAAGAGGUCUCCUUCCACUGCCAGGAUUGGUCAACCCCAAAGGUCUCUUUCCCCCUCCACUACUGGCAGCCCCUUCCAAGAGGCCUGCUCUUUUGGGAUGCCCCCCUCCCAAGCCUGCCAAGCGUCCACUACUUGGGGAGAAACCAGGUCUUUUAGCACCACCACCAGGUCUUUCGCAGUCGGUACUGCGCAAGCAGACACUUCAACCCAUGCCUUUGCUGAAGUAAGGAGAGCUCUGCUGAGCUAGGAAAACAAGGUGGCUGCCACCCCGACAUGAUUUCACCCUCCUCCAAGGAUCAAGGCCCCUAUCUGGCCUGCAGCACUGAUGUCCAAGCAAUGGGUACAAAUGGCCAUCCCUUUUGUCCCAAACAUGGUCCAGUGGAAACUUAUAAAAAGUUUGGAGUCCUUUUGUACCAAACUAGAGGUUUGUGGAAGGUCAUUGUUCUAGAUGUUAGAUCUUGAUAUUGUUCAAUUAUAUGCAUAUUUUAAUACAAUAAAAACUUUUAGCUUUUACAUACAGUUUGCCCCUUUUUAAACACUUUUUAUUUUGGGAUAAUUUUAGAUUUACAAAAAAUUUGCAAAGAUAGGACAGGGAGUUCCCUUCAUCCAGCUGAUAUAACCAUGGUACAUUUACUAGGAAAUUAACAUUAGUACAAUAAUAAGAACUAUGCACAGACUUUAUCCAUAUUUCAUCAGCUUUUCCAUCAAUAUAAUUUUUCUGUUUCAGAAGCCUAUUCUGGGUACCAUGUAAGCCCCUUUUAAUUUUAUUAAGUUUUAGAUGUUUUUUUAUUAUGAAACAUUGUUAAUGUAAAGAGAAUUUGAAUGAAGAGUUCUGAUGAACACAGGGAACAUCCAUAUAUUCUGUACCUAAAUUCAACAAUUAACAUUGUCAUUUUUCAAUUUACUCAUAUGUCUGUGUAAGUAAAGUUUUUUUCUCAACCAUGAAAAUAAGUUGCAAAGCUUGAUAUCUCACAUUUAAAUGAGAUAUCAAGAUACCACUAAAUGAGAGGCAUACUUUAGCAUGCCUCUCCUAAGAAUAAGGACAUUUUCUUAUAUGAAUGAUACUGUUACCAUAACUUAGAAGUUAGUAUUCUAUAAUAUCUAAUGUCUGGUUCCCAUAGUUGAAUUUCCCAGUUGUCCCAAGAAUGCCUUGGUGGGCUUUUUUUAAAACCAGGGUUUAAGUAAGAUUUGUGCAUUGCAUUUGGUUGUUAGGUGUUUUUAGUUUCUUUUAAUCUUGAACAGUCUUCCUACUUUUUUUUUUUCCCUAGUGAUACUGACUUCGAGUCUGAGCUACUUGUCUUGUAGAAUAUCCUACAUUCUGAAUUUCUCUGAUUGUUUCCUCAUGGUGUCACUUAACUGUUCUUCUGUUCCCUGUAGUUUCUGUAUCCUGAAAGUUUGGUCUGGAUUCAGGUCAUACAUUUCUCGCAAGAAUAUUUUCAUAGGUGGUGCUGUUUCAUAUUGUAUUAUAUCAGAAGGCACCUAAUAGUUGUCCUGUGGGGGAUGCUGCUGUGUUUGGUCACUUGGGUAUGGUGGUGACUGCCUUAGAGCAAAUAAUUUUUUCCUUGAGACUUGAUGCUUUGUCAUGAAGCAAAUAUCCUACUAGCCAACAACUUUUACCUAAUUGUUUAGUGUCCAUUGAUGAUUCUUGUCUGAUUUAAUUAUUAGAUUAAAACUUCUCCUCUUUUAAUUGAAACAUAACAUCUUAAAUGUUCAUUUUAAUUAGUUUUAAAAAUUGUACAGACCCAUGUAACUGGCAUCCAAAAUGAGGUGUAAGCAUUUACAUCUCGUCAGACCAUUCUAGGCACUCUGCUCUCCCUCCCCUAACUCUUUUUGACUUCUAGCACCUUAGUAUUGUCUGUUCUUAUAGUUUAUAUAGAUGGAAUCAUAGAGACUUAUUGUUUUCAUUUCAUAAUAUAUACAAAUAUUAAAUAAUGUCAUAUACAUUAUAAUAUUAUAUAAUUAACAUAUAUCAAUUAACCUCAUAUUUAAAAAAAUAAAUUAAAAAUGAUUUUUAUAGACAUGCAAAUAAAUUGUUUACAGUGGGGUGUUUAUUGGUUUCCCUUCUCCAAUGUAGAAGAAUCCAGUUUUGCUUUGAUUCUGUACAUUCAUUUCAGUAUUUCUGGUCUAAAAAUGUGAUUUUGGAUUGUUCUUUUAACUGGUUACAACACCUACUGGUUUCCUCUUUUAAUAGUUAAAGAAAAAAAUCUUGAACAUAUGGCCUUUAAAAAAAAUGGAAUUAUGCAGUAUAUAUUUUGUUGAGACUAGUUUCUUUUGCUUCUAGAAUGUUUUUGAGGUUCACCCAUAUUGUUGCAUGAGCCCAUGGAUUGUUCCUUUUUUGGCAGGAGUUCAUUGUAUGGAUAUGCCACAGCCUGUUUGUGCAUUCCCUCUGUUAGACUUGGCUUUUUAAAGAUUGCUUAUACAAGUUCUUUGUGGGGGUAUAUUUGCAUUUUUCUUGGGUAGACACCUAGUAGUGGGAUUGCUAGACCAUAGGGUAGGUAUAUAUUCAGUAAGUACUGCAAAACAGUUCUACCAUUUUACAUGGCCGCCAGCAGUGGCCCAGAGCUCUGGCUGCUUCACACCCUCACUCUCUUUGAUAUUGGCAGUCUUCCCUUUCAGCCAUUCAAGUGCCUAAUGGUGUUGAGCACUUUCUCUUUUUCAAAGUUUAUCUGUUUAGGCGAUGGGUUAGUGAAGGGUUAUAAAGAUUUUUUUGGUCAGUGUAUUAGUUUCCUAGGGUUGCUGCAACAAAGUGCCACAAACGCAGUGGCUUAAAACAACAGAAAUUGUCUCACAGUUCUGGAGGCUGGAGGUUUGAUGAAGUGGUUACCUGGGCCGUGCUUCCUCUGAAACCUGUAAGGGGAGAAUCCUUUCUAGAUUCUUCUAGCUUUUGGCAUUUGCCAGCAACUCUGUGUUCCUUGGCUUGUGAUGCAUCACACCUAUCUGUCUCUCCAUUGUCAUGUGGCUCUCCUUUGUCUUCAUGUCAUCUGUCCCCUGUGUUUUAUUUCUUUCCACGACUUUAAAAAGAAACCUUUUUUUCCUUCGUCCCAAGGCAUCUCCUUAGAUUACAUGAAUUUUCAGGUCUUUUCCUACAUAAUGUGAAGUCUUACACUGGCUGGGAGCUCUUUGGCUUGCUGUGUUGACAGUGUCCUGUCUUAGAAAAUGGAUGAUGUGGGGCAAGGUGGAAGCCACACCAAGUUGUAGAGGGACAAGAGGCUGAGAAACUCAUCCUGUGGAGUCCUCAAGGCCAAUCCUGCAUGUCUGCCCUCAGGCACUGGUGGUCCUGGGGCUUAGUCACUGAGCCCACCUCCUGUAUUAGAGGGAAUUCCUUAGCGGUGUUCCAAGCCCUCCCUUGCACAUAAAUAUACAGAAACUUUCUAGUGACAUUCAGAGUUGCUGGAUGAAUCACUAGCAUCUACAGGGGAAAGACUUCUUAUAUUCUUAGAGUUACCUAAAUAAUUCAGUAGAACAAGAUUAGAACAAUAACUUGUGUUAAAGUUUUGAAGACAGUUUGUAUA